AUGUCGAAACCGGAGCGGACGACGGAUCCUUCUCCCACUUCUGCGGACACGGAAGGCGGCGGGCAGAGGGAAAACGCAAAUAUAAAUAUUACGAAAGGUCUUACGCGUACAUUAUCGGCGGCGAAUUUGCAAAACUCUGUAUUAAAUGCUUCGAAAGUCAAUGCCCUGAGGCAAUCUCUUAACAGGCAUCACGACAAUGUGUCGAGACUGCUACUGACUAGCAAGGAAAGUCUUGAAAAGAGAACUCAGAUCGAUUCGGCCUUUCGCGCUUGUAAAGAGGCAUUUAUUGAACUCUCUGCGGCAUAUCUUAAGAUGAUUGAAAGCGAUUCUCAACAGGUUAACAUUGCGGAAACGGUCAGAAGCAUAGUAGGCGACGCCUUGUCUGAUGCCCACGACAAAUUAACAGCUAGCUUGAGCGGCAAUCUUCAGCCAAUAGAGCAGAGGAACGCCGGCGCUUCCUCUGUGCCCUCUUAUGCAGCGGUGGUUUCGGAGCAAUCGUGCGUGCGGGUGGCUCGCGGCUCCUCUAUCGAGGUACCUAGAACCACCAACUUGAUUGUUACUCCAAAGGAGGAUUUCUCCGCGAAGUACAAAACGUCUAGGGAAACCAGGGAAGUGCUGCAAAAGACCAUUAAGCCAUCUGAGUACAACCUUAAGGUCAACAGAAUUACGUCAGCGAAGAACAACGGUGUGCGUAUUGAGGCACUUACUGUGAAUCUGCCCAAGAUAAAAAGUUCUCGGGAACUUGAAGACGCUGGACUCAGAUUGGAGCAGGAAGGCAAAAUCAACCCUAGGCUACUGAUUCGCGGAGUGCCAUGCACCAUGUCGAGGGAGGAGAUAAAGGAAGAUCUUGUCACUCUCAACCUAAAGGACCACGAUGCGCCUGAGUUAAAAGUUGUGUACAUCUUUCCCCGGAAAGAUAAUCGGCGCACGACCAACUGCGUGAUUGAGGUCACUCCGGACAUCCGCACUCAUUUGCUUAAAGACCGGUACAUAUUUUUAGACUACUUUGCCUGCGAGAUUACUGACUACGUAAGAGUCCUACAGUGUUUCAAAUGCCUUGCUUUCGGUCAUUUCGCGAAAGAUUGUCGUUUCACGACUAUAUGCGGUCACUGUGCAGGCGGUCACGAAACUAGGAAUUGCACCUUGAGGAGCGGGGCACCGGAGUGCGGGAACUGCAAGCGAUGGUUGCCUCAAGCAGGACGACAACAUUCAGCCCUUGACAACAAGAACUGUCCCAUCUUACGCAGACGUAUGUCGGAAAGGAUUAGCAGCAUUAAUUAUGGAUAA